AUGUCUUCAGACAAAUCAGUCUUGAAGACCUCUCUCCCUUUUGCGCAUGCUGCCUCUGCCGCAACGUCAUCGAGUCCGGCCCCUGCCCGUCGAGCGCCACCCGGCUCGAAAACGUCCCAGCAGCAAAAGGGCCAACCCUUAAACAAGCCAGACGUGGAUCCCCGCCAUCUCGCGAUAGCUAUGCACCAUGCCCGCCAGAUCCAAGCACAGAAAGACACAGAAGCCUUGAUUCUCGACCGCAUCCUGGAACUUGUCACGCUGCCGUCUUCGCCAUCAGCAGAUCCUGCGGCCCCGUCCAUCGAGGAUGCCCGAGCUUUCAAAACCGCGCUCGUGCCAUUCCAGCCAGCCGAUUACGACAAUCUGAUUCUAGAGCGCAAUAUUGAGGGUCUGUGUGGAUACGCGUUGUGUCCCCGUGAACACCGCAAAGAAGAUGCAAAGGGCCAGUUCAGAAUUACAUGGGGUGCCAAGGGCAGUGGUCCCGGGGGCCGCGGCCGCGAGAUGAACAUUGUGCCGAAAGAAAAACUCGAGAUGUGGUGUUCAGAUGAAUGCGCUGAGCGAGCGAUGUACAUCCGAGUGCAGCUGGCCGAAGAGCCUGUAUGGGAGCGGCGAGCCGAUGACACACGCGGCACAGCGCUGUUACUACUUGAGGAAGGCAGAGCCAGGACAGAGCAAGGCAAGGGCAAAAAGAAGAGUCCAACCACUGUGGCAGCAGUCACGAGUCAAUUGGAUGAUCUACAUAUGGAGGAUGUCGCGGAUGGUCUGUCAGGGAUGUCCCUUGGUGAUACUGCUCGUUCCCGGGAGCUCGCAAUGGAACGCGGAGACGCGAAUCCAGCAUUGCAGGCUGGCAGAGUGGCCAUUAACAUCCGUGAGAAUGAGAACCUUUCACAUGAACAAGUCUCGGCGCCGCAGAUGCGUCCGGGAGAUGUCAAGGGAGGCUCUAUCGAAGGAUAUGUGCCAAAGGAAAGGUGA